AUGAGACUCUCUGCGGCCCUUGUCAGUCUGAACGUCGUUCUCGGAGCUAGCCCGGCUUACGCCAAUUGUGUCCCCGGCGAGAAGGUCAUUAGCCCUGGGUAUAAAGUCAUGGUCAAAUGCAAUGACUAUCCAAAGGGUACUAUGAGCCCUGCUCCCUCUACGGAGGAUUGCGCCCUGAGAUGUGAGGGUACUGUAAACAUCUGCAGUUACGAACCAAAGAGCAAACAGUGCAUUGUCGCUUCAGCAAAUGGGACUCCGGCCAAGUUGACUGGUGUCAUAUCUAUGACCCCAAUUAAGAGCGACUGUUGUCCGGACCUUGAAACAUGCCGCGAAGAAAACACCAAGUGCGCUGCAGACUUGGCUGAUGCGUUGAAACAGCUUGGUGAGAAGGAUAAGGAGCUGACGAAAGCCAAGAAGGAUCUUUUUGAUGCAAAUAAACAACUUGAGCAAAAGCAGAAGGAUCUCGAUGAGGCAAAUAAGAAGGUUCAACAAUCGCAAAAGGACCUUGACUCUUGCAGGAACCCAGCUGGCUCUGGACCACCGCCAAAUCAGAAGCCACUCAAUCCAGCAACAUGCGGUGAACUGAAAUCAGUCAAUCCGCGCGUUCCCUUGAUUCGACAAAUCCAAGCCAACUAUGAGAAGUGCAAAAGCGCUUGCAUGGCGGAGCCAAAAUGCCAAGCUUAUAAUGUAUUCCAUUUCACGGGAUCUCAGAAGGAUGGGGGUUGCUUUCUUUAUGCAAAGCCUGUCGAGGAAUUAACAACCGUCAUUAAUAAGAACUGGCGCUUGUAUAAUAGAGGCUGUUAG